AUGGAGAGCGCCGCAAAGCGCAAAGCUGCCACUGCAGCGUCGCCCGAAAACGAAGGUCGCCCAUCGAAGCGCCAGAAAGUGCCGGAAUCACCAGCAUCCCCCACCACGGGGGAGACUGUGGAAUCUACAACGGCUGCGGGCCUGAAAUUCCUAGAGAGCUUGAGAUCAGCAAAGGACAAGACUGGCCGUCCGAUCGCGACGCAUUUCCUCGAGCUCCCAGACAAGAAUGAGAUUCCCGAAUACUAUGAAGUCAUCAAGCUUCCCUUCUCGAUUGAAUCUAUGGAGGAGAAGCUGAAUGCUGGAGGAUAUUCUACUCUGGCGGAAUUGGAGAGUGACUGUAAACGGCUGGUUAACAAUGCGAAGGUAUACAACGAUAAGAAAUCUCCCCUCUACGAGGAUGCAGAGCGAUUACGAAAGACGGCGUCAAACUGGAUGGUCAGGAACAAUCCCGCAUACAAGAAGCCAGGUUACACUGCGAUGGCUACUCCGGUGCCAGGAGAAGAUCCUCUCCCACCUGGCAGGCCUCUACCACGGGUUUCGUUGACCCCCUCCAAGAUUCACACACCGACUCCAGAUACUACAGAGCGGCCACGACGAGCUGCAGCCGCUACCCAGCCUACAACGCCCGCGCCGUCAAAGCUCAAGAAAUCAGCGCCGCCGGUCGCGCAGGAUGAGGGCACCGACUUUACAGGCAAGACCUUCCAGCAAGCUCAGGAGCAGCUCAUUACAGAUAUGAUUGAGUACACAGACCAAGAUUUGCAGAUUUUCCAGCCCUUUGUCAAUCUGCCUAGCCGGGCGCUGAAGGAUUACUAUCAAGCAAUCAAACAUCCCAUGUGUCUUUCUUUGGUCAGGAAGAGGGUACAGGGUGUGGUUGGCCGCGGCCCACCGACUGGCACGACCUCCUACAAGACUUGGUCUGCUCUGGAGAGUGAUGUUGCCUUGGUUUGGGAGAACGCAAAAGAGUACAAUGAGGAUGGUAGUGACAUCUACAACCUUGCCCUUGAGUUCGAGGGAAUAUUCAAGAUGCGACUUGCAAAAGCCAAAGCCAAAGUCGAGGAACCGCCGCAGCCGACGAAGCUGAAGCUCAACAUGUCUACGGCUCCUAAUCCUACUCCAAAGCAGACCAUGAAGCUCAAGUUGGGCAGUCGCCAGAGUCCCAUUUCAGAUCCAAACACUCCCGCUGCUCGCAGCUCAGCGACCCCAGGUGUCGCCGUGGACUCUGAAGCUCUCUCGCGCCAAUCGCGGCAUGUGCAGGAAAGUGUAGCUGGUAGCCGGUCAUCGCGGCCUUCGUCAGCCGGCAAAAACACGCCCUCUGCUACACCAAAUCCGAUCAGUAGCACCCGCGGUGCCUCUGCCUCGAUACCUGCGCCGAGUAACCCCGUCGCGAAGACGGUGGCGGCAUCAUCGCCGGCUCCCAAUGGCAUAAAGACUGAUGUCCAGUCCCCAGCGUUGAACGCAAUCAGGCCAGCCAGCACCGCAUCGGACAAUCAAAGCCAGAGACUCAGCGUUCCCGCUCCAAAUCCUCAAGUCGCCGGCGCUACGCCAUCACAGAAUGCAUCACGGCCUGCAAGCGGCAGUCCUCAUCCUAACGGCGUUGCCAACCAGCCAGGCCAACCAGGCGCGGUCCAACCUCCACAACCCCAAGUCCCUGUCGCUCCCUACGUCCCGCCACCCGUAGCUCCGAACUACGACAACUUCCGCCGUACCCCCCUCAAAUCCCUCGACGAAGCCCUCAUCCCCAAGAUCACCCUCUCCACGCCCCCGUCCCUCCCAGUCGCCCAGCCCUUCCGCAAGACCCUCACCGCCCACCCCAAGAAAAUCACAAUAUCCUACACCCUGAACCUCGCCCCCGGAAACUCCUACCUACACAUCGUGCCGUCCCUCCCCGUCGCCCUGACCGGCCGCCCCUACCGCGCCUUCGUCUCCAUAAACGGCAACCGCAUCAUGGAGUCCUCGCGCCUGCCCCAAAACCUCAACGGCAUGCCCCCCAACUUCGACGCCUCGGCCGGCAAAAAGAAAGGCGAGCCCCUCUACGAAGCGAAACUCAUGCUCGGCCUCAACCGCAUCGAGAUCGAAGUCAUCGCCGAACGCGAGCGUUCACGCGGAAAGGAGAAAGAGAAAGACGGCCCCGCAAGCGUCGUCGCGUCCAAGGAAACGCAAGCGAUCAAGGACGGCGGAGAGGAGAGCGACGCUGCUGCCAACGGCGCAGACGCCACGCCAGCGGGGCUGAAGAAGGAGAAGGAGCUCGUGGACGUGGAGAAGUGCGUCAUCUUCGCUAACCUGAGACGAUGA